AUGAAAACCUUUUCCUUAACGGUCGCGGUGAAGACGGCCGUGCAUUCACACUCAGUGUUCCCCCCUCAGGCAGUGCUGCAGGAUUUUUUGGAAGAGCGUGCAUUCACCUCAGUGUUCCCUCAGGCAGUGCUGCAGAUUUGGGAGGACGGCGUGCGCGUGAGACGGCAGUGCUGCAGGAUUUUUGGAGAUGGCGGCGUGACGGUGAGGACGGUGUUGGUGAAGACGGCUCCUUUCGGGCUGCUGUGGACGAUGACCCACUACCUGUACCUGCAGGCUCUGCGCAAGCUCAGCACCACGGAUGCCUCCGCCCUCUUCUGCUGCAACAAGGCCUUCGUCUUCCUGCUGUCCUGGAUCCUGCUCCGGGAGCGCUUCAUGGGCGUCAGGAUCGUGGCUGCCAUCUUGGCCAUCGCGGGCAUCGUGAUGAUGACGUAUGCAGACGGGUUCCACAGCCGCUCAGUAAUCGCCAUCUCAUUCGUGGUGGCGUCGGCGUCCACGUCAGCCAUGUACAAGGUUCUGUUUAAGAUGGUCCUGGGCAGUGCCAAAUUUGGCGAGGCUGCGCUGUUCCUCACUGUCCUCGGUGGUGCCAAUUUCAUCUUGGUCAGCCCGGUCCCGCUGGUGCUCUACUUCACGGGUGUGGAGCACUUCAGCUCCCCCAGUGACAUCCCCUGGGGCUGCCUCUGCGGUGUGGCCGGUCUCCUGCUGGCUUUCAACCUGCUGCUGAAUUUUGGCGUUGCAAUAACGUACCUGACGUUCAUCUCCCUGGGCGUCGUGCUCAGCGUUCCUGUCAACGCCUUGGUGGACCUGCACUCUUGUGAGAUCCAGUUCAACACGGUGCGUCUCAUCGCCAUCUCGCUCAUCUGCCUGGGCUUCCUGCUGCUGCUGCUGCCAGAAGACUGGGACCAGGGCCUGCUCCACGUGGCCGCCAGGCUCCGCAAGAGAGACCCGCCAGCAGAGGGCACCACAGACACCCGUAGACCACCGAGCGCCGUGCACACUUUCGGACUCAGGCCCUGACCCCAGCCUGAUCCCGACACGGCCUUCGCCACACCCACGCCCUCCGGCUGCCAUAUCUGAUUUCUGUCUCUGCUGAAUCUUUCUGUUACAGAAAUUGUUUAACUGUUUA